CUCACCAACAGAUCUACGAGGGAGAGAGAGAAGAGAGAGAAGGAGGCGAAACAGAGAGAUGAGCCCAACACAACAAAACAGAGGACAGACAGUCAAACGAGGGAAGAGUUGAACCACAGUUUGGACAGACCUACUAAUUCCAGGGCUUUUCUUUAUUUAUUUUUCAACAAAACAGAGGACAGACAUUCAAACGAGGGAAGAGUUGAACCACAGUUUGGACAGACCUACUAAUUCCAGGGCUUUUCUUUAUUUUUUUUGCUAUUUGCUAUUUACUUGCUAUUUCACAGUAUACAGAUCACAUAAGGCCUUCAUCUUCAUACACCAUUCUCAGUCAGACAAAUGGUUUGCUGUUGAUGAAUAGUACUUCAUCUUUCACUUGCUAUUUCACAGUGACAACAGACAGACAGACAUGCUCUUCAAAGUACAGAGAUCCUUCAGACCCAUGUCUGCUACACUGAGAGGACUCCACCAGUCUGCCCUGGACGUGAUACAGCAUCCAGCCUCAGAGGACAGUGUGACGGCCAGUUUUGGACAGUUCAUCCAGGGUGUCCAGCCCCACCACCUGACCCCCACCCUGCUCCACCGUAGCAAGAGGAUGGUUCUGGACUCCAUCGGAGUGGGACUACUGGGCAGCACCACACAGGUCUUCCAACUGGCCCUACAACACUGUCAGCACAUGUACGCUCCCGAUGACAUCAGUUCUGUUUACGGACGCAGAGGAACCAGACUCUCCCCAACCCUUGCUGCCUUUGUCAACGGAGUGGCCGCCCACUCCAUGGACUUUGACGACACCUGGCACCCUGCUACUCACCCGUCGGGGGUGGUCCUUCCUGCCCUACUGGCGGUCAGCGACAUGCUGCCCAACAACAGAAAGCCUAGUGGGCGGGACUUCCUGUUGGCCUUCAACGUUGGGAUAGAGGUCCAGGGACGCCUGAUGAGGUUCUCCAACGAGGCUCACAACAUCCCCAAGAGGUUCCACCCUCCCACCGUCGUGGGUACUCUGGGUAGUGCUGCAGCCUGCGCCCGCCUCCUCUCUCUGGAACGCUCUCAGUGUAGCCACGCCCUGGCCAUCGCUGCCAGCCUAUCAGGAGCCCCCAUGGUGAACGCGGCCACCCAGUCUAAACCCCUCCACAUUGGCAACGCUGCGCGGCUGGGGCUGGAGGCAGCUCUACUGGCCUCAAUAGGACUGGAGGCCUCGCCCAGAGUCCUUGAUGACACCGCCGGGGUAGCGGGGUUCAGCGCCUUCUACGAGGACUACGCCCCACGACCUUUAACCUCUCCAGAGGAGGAGGGGGUGCGGUUCCUGCUGGAGGACCAGGACAUGGGGUUCAAGAGGUUCCCGGCCCACCUGGGGAUGCACUGGGUGGCCGACGCUGCUGCCUCUGUGCAUAAGCUGCUGCAGGGGAGGGGGCAGGGGUCACAGGUCGUAGGUCAGGUCCAGGACAUCCUGCUGAGGGUUCCCUGCUCCAAGUACAUUAACCGUCCGUUCCCGGAGUCAGAGCACCAGGCCAGACACUCCUUCCAGUUCAAUGCCUGCUCUGCCCUGCUGGACGGGGAGGUCACCGUGUUCUCAUUCUCCCAGGAGGCACUAAAGCGCCCCGACCUGCUGGCCUUGCUGAGGCGUGUCCGCGUCGAGCAUCCCCAUGACAACCCGGCUAACUUCGACCGCAUGUACGGCGAGGUGCAGGUGACGCUGGUGGGUGGGGAUGUGCUGAAGGGACGCUGUGAUACUUUCUAUGGCCACUGGCGCAACCCGCUGACCAAUGAGAGCCUGAGGAAGAAGUUCCGUAGCAACGCGGGGGCGGUCCUACCCAGGGAGAAGGUGGAGGGGCUGAUUGAGGCUGUAGAGGGACUGGACAGACUGGAAGACUGCUCUCUUCUACUGGCACAGCUGCAGUGACACACACACACACACACACACACACACACCUCAUCACAUAACUAUUUUCUGACCAGCUGAUCUUUCUGCAUUUCAUAUCAGGUGUCUAUAGACAUAUACAGACCAUGAGCUUGCAUCUUCAGGUGUGCAUGACUUACGUAGGUCUUGGAUGUUCUACCUGUUUACCAGUGGUGUAAAGUACUUCAGUAAAAAUAGUUUAAAGUACUACUUAAGUAGCUUUUGGAGGUAUCU